UAGUGGGACACACGAUUCCCAGCCGCUGCUGGCACCGCUCGUAGUUGCCAGCGGUGUAGGUAUUUUUUUUUUUCGCCGCGGAGCUGGUCAGCAGCCAACAUGUCCAACAGAAACAACAACAAGCUGCCCAGCAACCUGCCGCAGUUACAGAAUCUGAUCAAGCGGGACCCGCCGGCCUACGUGGAGGAGUUUCUACAGCAGUAUAAUCACUACAAAUCCAAUGUGGAGAUUUUCAGAUUACAACCAAAUAAACCCAGCAAAGAACUGGCAGAGCUGGUCAUGUUUAUGGCACAGAUUGGUCACUGCUACCCAGAACAUUUAAGUAACUUUCCUCAAGAGUUGAAAGAUCUUCUCUCCUACAAUCACACUGUCUUGGAUCCAGAUCUUCGAAUGACAUUUUGCAAAGCUUUGAUCUUGCUGAGAAAUAAGAAUCUCAUCAGUCCCUCAAGUUUGCUAGAACUCUUCUUUGAACUUCUGCGUUGCCAUGAUAAGCUUCUGCGAAAGACUUUAUAUACGCAUAUUGUGACUGAUAUCAAGAAUAUAAAUGCAAAACACAAGAACAAUAAAGUCAAUGUAGUGUUGCAGAAUUUUAUGUACACCAUGCUAAGAGACAGCAAUGCAACUGCAGCCAAGAUAUCCUUGGAUGUGAUGAUUGAGCUGUACAGAAGAAACAUCUGGAAUGAUGCCAAAACUGUCAACGUGAUCACAACUGCAUGUUUCUCUAAGGUCACCAAGAUAUUAGUUGCUGCUUUGACAUUCUUCCUUGGGAAAGAUGAAGAGGAGAAACAGGACAGUGACUCAGAAUCUGAGGAUGAAGGACCAACAGCAAGAGACCUGCUGGUGCAGUAUGCCACAGGGAAGAAAAGCUCCAAACACAAGAAAAGGUUGGAAAAGGCUAUGAAAGUGCUCAAGAAACAAAAGAAGAAGAAAAAACCAGAGGUGUUUAACUUUUCAGCUAUUCAUUUGAUUCAUGAUCCCCAAGAUUUUGCAGAAAAACUACUAAAGCAGCUAGAGAGCUCCAAGGAGAGGUUUGAAGUGAAGAUGAUGCUCAUGAACCUCAUUUCCAGAUUGGUGGGAAUUCACGAGCUUUUUCUCUUCAACUUCUAUCCCUUUGUGCAAAGGUUUUUGCAGCCCCACCAAAGAGAAGUAACAAAGAUCCUUCUGUUUGCUGCACAAGCAUCUCAUCACUUAGUGCCCCCAGAGAUCAUUCAAUCAUUGCUGAUGACUGUGGCCAACAAUUUUGUUACCGACAAGAACUCUGGGGAAGUCAUGACAGUAGGAAUCAAUGCUAUAAAGGAGAUAACAGCUCGAUGUCCUCUAGCCAUGACUGAAGAACUUCUCCAAGACCUGGCUCAGUAUAAAACACACAAAGAUAAGAAUGUAAUGAUGUCUGCUAGAACUUUGAUUCAGCUUUUCCGAACACUGAAUCCACAGAUGUUACAGAAGAAAUUCCGGGGUAAACCUACAGAGGCCUCUGUAGAGGCAAGAGUACAAGAAUAUGGAGAAUUAGAUGCUAAAGAUUACAUUCCGGGAGCAGAAAUUCUGGAAGUUGAAAAAGAAGAAGAGCAUGUUGACAAUGACGAAGAUGGGUGGGAGAGUGCCAGUCUCACUGAGGAGGAAGAUGACGACGGUGAGUGGAUUGACGUGCACCACUCUUCCGAUGAAGAACAGCAAGAAAUCUCCAGGAAGCUGAACAGCAUGCCCGAGGAGGAGCGGAAAGCCAAAGCUGCAGCUGUCAGCACCAGCCGAGUUUUAACUCAGGAAGACUUCCAGAAAAUCCGGCUGGCCCAAAUGAGGAAAGAACUUGAUGCUGCCCCUGGGAAAGCCCAAAAGAGGAAAUAUAUUGAAAUAGACAGUGAUGAAGAGUCCAGGGGCGAGUUACUUUCUCUUCGGGACAUUGAACGCCUUCAUAAAAAGCCAAAGUCUGACAAGGAGACCAGACUAGCAACUGCAAUGGCUGGAAAGACAGACCGAAAAGAAUUUGUGAGGAAGAAAACCAAAAUGAAUCCAUUUUCCAGUUCCACAAAUAAAGAGAAGAAAAAACAAAAAAACUUUAUGAUGAUGCGGUAUAGCCAUAAUGUUCGUUCAAAAAAUAAGCGUUCCUUCCGAGAAAAGCAGCUGGCACUACGAGAUGCACUUUUGAAAAAGAGAAAAAGGAUGAAGUAACCUGGACCUGCAAGAUUUUUAUUCCAAAGAGAAUGCUAAAUGUGUGUCAUUACUCUGAAAAUUAAUAAAUCAAGAAUGUUUACAUUAAAAAGUCCAGAAACACUAUACUGUGAAAACCAAAGUAAAUUUGGUAGCAAUUUUGUGUUUAUAUUUUAGAGAUGAGUAAUGGUGGUAAUCUUAGAAAAGUAAACAGUAGUGAUGUUGUAAAAUCGUUUUCAUUUCUCAUUCAUGCGAAGAAUAAAUUACUGAGUGCUUGAUAUCAGUAGAAGUAAAAAUGACCAUAAUCCCUCAUUCAAGGCAUUCACAGCUUAUUUAGAGGAUGUGGGGGACAGAGGUGUGUAUAUGUGUAGUUGCAGUGCAGUGUAAAUAGUUCUGUAUUAGAGAUAGGUUCAUAUUUCUAUGGGGUCACAGAGGCCUUAUAGAAAAGCUCUGCAGGGGACGGGAGUUAUAUAUUCUCUUAAAAUGAAACAGGACAGUGUUACAAGAGUAAGAGGUUCUUACUUGUAAAUAGGCUUACCUGCUGAAAACAGGUCCCUGCUGUACAGAUUUUGGGUAGACAGUUUAGCUCUUUCAGUCCAUCCAAAAGAUUUAAAUAUUUUUUGAAUACCAGAUAAAAACCUUGCUUUUAAUAUUGCCUUAAGUAUAAAUAGUAAUCUUGGAGAGUCUUUAUCAUUUGGGCUGCUCACUCUUCCAUAGAGGAAUAAUAAAUCAAAUUGGUUCCCUUAGCCAUUUUUCACCCUUAAUAUUUUCAGCCUUGUGUCCAUAAAAAGGUUUCUAAUAUCAAACAGGUACUCUUCUAUGCGCUGAGCAGCUGUGUUGGUCUCCCUUCCCUGGGUAUGCUUGAGUAGAUUUCAGGGGACAUGAAAGCAUGGUUAGUCUCUCUGUUUGCAAGUUGUUGCAUUUGGAAAGCUUGGUGCCUUUUACCUCGGAUUCUUAGAUAAUAUUGUGGUAGAUGAGAAAGUCAUUCUUUAUUACUUUAAAGUAAAAAGCAAUUUUCUGCCCACUCUGAAUUAGAAAGCAGCUUCUAAAACUACUUUUAUUGUUCCACUCCAGUAUCUUCUGAUCACUUUCUAAGUUCAACUUAAGUUGUAUUUGAAUGUGUGACUUUCAAAAAAGAAACUGUGUGACUUUCUCCAACAUGCUGGGGAUUAGUUGUGAAGACCUUGAUGUUUAAUGAUUAAAUUGCACUGGCCUAGUGAGGGGAGCUCUCCGAGUCAACCUUAGCAACUUCAGUGUUUCACACAAAGUGUCCGAUGCAAAUUUGAAUUGUUCAGACUGGAAACUGCUCUUUUCUUUUUGCAUUUUUGAACUGAGUGUCUCAUGUAUCUAGCUCCAGAGAGGGGUAAAUAAAAUCAAAAUGGCAUAGCAGCUGGGGACCACACUUGACUGCAUGAAUUGUAAUGGUGCCUGAAAAUUUCAUCCUUCUGCUAGACUUUUCCAUCCCACUUAGAUACCAAGAGACCAAAGUCUAGUCAAUGUUCUGACUUGUGUUCUGUGACUUCACCCUGCUCUUAACUGAAAUUUAUAUGCAAGAUGGAAAACUAGCUGGUUUACAAAGGUGAAGUCUUAAGUCUGUUUUAUUUCUUUAAUCCCAUAGUAUUUUAUCUCUGUAUGGUUUCUUUUAUUAUAUUAUGAAUCUCUUGAGAUUAUUUUAUGUUUGCUAUAAAUCUGAAGAUCAGGUCCUUACAAGGUUGGCUGCCACCAGCAAAGGCAGAGUGGCCGUUCAGGGUGACUUACCUUGAAGGAGCCACCAGCGUCUCAUCUUCAGCUUUUCAGGUUCAAAUUUUUGUCAGCUCUGAGAAUGGGUCCAUUUCUGGGGAUGAACUCACAUUGUCCAGUGUUUUAUAUAUAUAUAAAUAUAUAUAUAUGACUGGAAUGCUGAUGUAUUAUGUAUGUUAUCUUAGCAAGUUCCACUGGAAAAUAAGCUCCACAAAAUAAGCUCCACCUGUGCUAUACCCAGGUUCAGCAAAUAUUUGAAACAUGACCUACCUCACUGAUUGUUUUGAGAUUCUGAGAACUAAUAUUUAUUAGAAUUUAGCAUGGUAUUUGCCACAAAGUAAGCAUUCAGUGAAUUUCUUAUCAAAGUUUAGAUAUUAAUAAGUUUUUAUUUUAUCUCUUAAUGUAUUUGAAAUGCCGAUUGUAGUUGCUACAAAUAUUUCUUUUACUCCCUCAUCCAUUUUGGGGGGAACUAGUUUGAAAUGCAGAAAUGGUAUUGAAUGUUCACUAUAUGCAAAGCACCCUGCUAGAUGCUGUGUGUGUUGCAAACACAAUGUUUGUGCCACAUAGAACUUGGAAACCAAUGAAGGAAAUAGACUUUAAAAAUGACUGUAUAAUACAAGGCCACUUAUAGAGCUAUCAAAAAAGGCACAGCUUAGGGACAGGGGCAUCCUGACAAAGGGACAUUUUAGCUGACAGGAGGGUGAAAUGCCUGUUUGCUGACAAACUGAUGCUUAAGAUGAACAGGGCAGCAGUAGGAAAUGUAUUCCUGAAUCAUAAAAAAAAAGUUAUGGUUUAAAAGUUGGUACAACUUUUUAAAGGCUGUGAUUAAUAUAAAUUUCAUUUUUAUUACUUCAUAUUCAAUUCUUUGAAAAUUUAUAAUCUAUGUAGAGUGUUGUAUGGCAACUCUGUAUUAACCAGAAUGUUUAAUCAGCUGUAAUAUUCUGUUCUUCAGACUAUAAAACUGUUUUACUAAGUGACAACCUUUAUUGUAUAAAAAUAAAAAUUAACUAUUGCUUACAUAUUUUUAGAAUGUAUUAUGAGAUUUUUAGAACAUGUCGAAUAGCAAUAAGAAGGUAAGUUACUGACAUGGAUCCUUUUCUCUUUUUAAAGAAAUAACCUUUUCUCUCUUAGUACAGUUUUUGGUCUGUACAUAUUUAAAACGAAACAAGAACAGAAAGCAGCUUAUUCUGUACUAUUUAAAUAUCACAUAUUUGUAUAGGCCACUCGUGAUAUUUUUAUUUCGUUCUGCAAAUUCUGCUUUCAUUGUUUUGUCAAUUUGAUCUCAAUAUGGAAAUGGUUAAACUAUGGUUUAUUCACAUGGUGGAAUAUUAUGUAGCCAUUAAAAUAUUUACAAUAGGAAAUGCUUAUAAAUGAAAAGAACAAAAUACAAAGUAUUUAUAGUAUAAUCCAAUUACACGUGAGCAGAUAGGGAAUAAUAAAAGUCCAAGAAAUAUGCCAAAUAUUAAACAUGGUUUUCUUUGAUGUUGGAAUCAUGUGAGAGUUUUUUCUUUCUACUUUACUUUCCGAAUCUUUUACAGUGUACAUAUUUUCACUUAUGUCAUUGUGUAAGAAGCACUUUUA